UGUCGUCAAACGAUAACUUUGAUGAUGGUUCAAGUUCUAGUUUGAUUUUUUCGAUUUGACAAUUUUGAUGAUGAAUGAUGACAUGAAGGUUUUACAUUAUGAAAUCAAGCAAUUGACUCCAUGAUAGAGGAUGUCUGCUUCUAUUCUUACGACUUACUCCCAAUAGAGCCCUACGACGACUCAUUGAACGACAAUGUGCAAAGGGCAAAAUUUAAAAUUAUAGUACUAGUAGUUAGCUUCUUCAAGAAGAGUGAAGGAUUUGGAGUAUAUGUUACUUUCACUCCCGCCCUCUCCCGCUAUCCCCUCUCUUCUCUCUCUCUCUCUCAGAAACAAAGAAUUCCAUCCUUACUACUUAAAGCUAAGAAGCUAGAUGUGCAAUGGAAGACAACCCAACCACUACAUUAACUAUCUCCAAUCUCAUCAAGUCCGGCCGCCCCCUCACGGCCGCCUCAUCUCUUGUUCCUAGCCGCCCCAUCGACCUUCUCAAGACUUCCAACCAAAACCCCUGCUGCCGGAAUUCCAUCUGCCAAAACCCUAACGUACAAACCCUUAAACCUUUCAAACACUCAGCACUCCUUAUUGGAACUCUCAACCUACCAUCUUCCGAAGAUCGCUAUUCCCCGCUUCAAUGUAAUUGCUUUCAGUUUUCUGACGACGAUUCCACCACCAUUUGCUGUGAAAUUUUGGAUUUUGACACGAAAAUGAUCGGUCAAAAGAUCCGAAUUCUCGCUUGGAACUUCAUUCCUUUCGAGCGUCAGAAUCGGGGCGUGAAAGGUGGUUUUCUCGAGAUCAUUACGUGGGAUUUCUUCCAAGCUUGCUGUGGGAGUAGGUGCUCUUUGUUAGAUUGUAGCUGCUUUUGCUUGAGUUUAGGUAAUUGUGAUGUUGGAGAAAGUUCCAUGGCCCACAAGUUGAUUUUCGGUGUUAUAAUGUCGAUAAGCCCUGUAUCCACUGUCCCUUGGGCGAGCGAGGGAGGUGAUUCUAGGGGCGUUCGCGGGUUUCUUGUACAUAUUCUUGUUUGUCAAUGCAAAGGUUGUGCUUCAAAACACCUGGUAUCAGAACUCAGAGGUUUAUGUGAGAGAAAUGUCAAAGAUCAUCGUUUCAUUCAGAGCACGAUAGUAUACUUCUGUGGAGUGACAUCGUCGUGGCAUCCUGUGAUCUCACGAUUAAUUGGUGAUGUAGUUUUAGUUAUGGGGUUAAAGAAAAAGUUGGUUUAUUUGAGGAAGGAAGAGUCUCAGCUGAUGUAUGUGACAACAGAUGGUGCAUCAUUACACGUUGCUAAGUUAUCGAAGGAACUGCGUCUACCUCAAAAUGCUGAUAUAAGAGGGAAAGGGGAAUGUGGUAACUACACUGGGGCCAUUACUGGCGUUUACAUGGAUGGGCUGAUUCUUGAGUUGGAUCAAGAUGUGAUACUAUUGUUAACUGACCAGUACCUUGCUUUGCCUCACUAUGUCAGAAUUGGUGUGCUUGUUACUCUGAAGAAUGUUCAUUUUUUGGAUCCAUGUUUUCCGUGGGGAAAAAUGUUGAUACUUGGUGCUUGCACUAGGACUAGCAUGCAUUUGGAGUCAUUCUCUCCACUGGAAUCAUGGUGUCAUUUGAAACAACAAUAUCCAAGUCUUCUUCAGAAAUUCAUUAAUUCUUUGCCGUAUGCUGCCAGAUUGUGGGCAUUGCUUAUUGUCUCGUGUUUCCGGAAAAUGUUUGCUGGGAUUUUGUCUGUGGAGGAGAUCUUAGGAUCAAAACAUAAGGAAGGCCUGGCUCAAAAGUAUGCUAGUUCACAUUUGCCAUCAUCAGCUUUACAAACUCGGCAUGGAAUCCUGCUGGAGUUCUGUAGACAUGACUUAUGUUCUGGUGGCAAGGAAGUAGAUUGUUGUCACUUGAGACUGGUGCUUCCUAUUGCUAAUUUAGUUAGUUAUUGUGAGGCUUCGUGGAAAAAAGUGUUCAAAUCCCAAGAGAAUCAUCCUGAUUUUAUGGGUGGGAUCAAUCAGAAAAGCCCUCUAUGUUGCGGUGGGAGAUCUUAUGUGCAAUCAAUCAGAAGAAUAUUGUGCUCGGAAGAAAUUGGUGUCGUUGUCCUGGGAACUUUAAGGAUUUCAUCUUCUUCUGGAAGACUUCAGCUUGUUGAUGCAACUGGCAGUGUUGAUUUCAUGUUUAACCUUCCAGAAACUUGGGACUUUAAGAGGAUUUUUGAGGCAAAGGACUACAGGCUCAUUAUGGAAGGCACAUGCCCUGAACUGGUAGACUUAAAUCCAACCAUAUAUCAGCCUCUAUCUUGCAGAAGUAUCUUCAGUAAUUCUUUCCCAUCAAGAAAGUUGAAUAUAUCAAUUUAUCUUUACCAUUGUCCAAGUGAUGAGGAUUCUAGAAGUCGUUCUCUAUUCUUUGAUUGGAAAGGGAAUUCUCAGGAUCUUAAUAGUGGGAGAUAUCAUCUGCUUUGGAUAAUACAUAAGUUUCCCAUUCAACGGAAGUUUCUAGGAGAUCUAGCAAAAAGACACAACAUGUUUGCGGAGGCCGUAUUCUUACCUUGGGAUUUGCUUGUUGUUGGGAAAUACAGAGAUGCAAUAAUGACUAGAAGUUUUUCAGGCCAUUGGCAGGAUUUUUUCAAAAACUUUACUCCAACUAAGGAGCACCUUACUCUUAAGAGAUGUAACAGUGAGCAUACUUCAUUUCAGGUUUCCAGUCACUGUACAGAUGAUGCCGGAAGUGGUUUAAGAAGCCACUGCGAUGGUUUCUGUAGCUCCCAUUGCAACUCUUAUAGAGAAAACAGAUGUUCAAAUAAUGGGAUAGAGCUGUCAUGUGAAAAUACUGGUGAAGGAGUAAACAUUCAUUGGAUGGGAAUGCUGCAUUGUGCCAGUGGUAGUGCUGAGGUUGUUUCUAGCUGCAAACCACCAAGGAGGAAGGUGUUGCUGGAAUUCGGUCCUGAUUGCUUUUCCAAGUAUGAACUACUCAAAAUUAGUUGCUGUUAUCUUGUUAAAGACGAGGAGGGAGAUUUGUUAUGCUGUAAAGAAGAAAAUUAUCAAGUCAGUCAUGCUAAAGCGCUCAUUAGUUCUGGAACCCUUUUUCGUAGUCUUACAUUGUCAUCUAUCCAGGGUCUUCAAAGUACUGAUCUGUCUGGCAAUUUGCAUGUUAGUGAUGAUGAGCUAGCCAAGGGUUUCUGUAAUGAAAUUCCAUGCCUGAUUGGCAAUAGCACGGGCAAUGAGAAUUAUUCAGACAUUAACAUAUUUGUUCCCUCCAGUGCCGUAAAUUUGUUGGAGAAUUUUAUGAAGAUAAUGGAAUGUGUUUCUAAUAAGCCCAGGGAUUCUUUGGAGGAGGGAUCUAGCAUCCAUGAUCAUAAUGGGUCGAUGAUGCAUUCAUCCAUGCAAUCUUUGGGAACUUCAUGUUCUGACUACCCUUUACCUCAGGGGAACCUAAUAACUCUACGUGGCCUUGUACUGGCUUUUCAUGAUUGUCACGGUGUCGAUUUUCUUGCACAACCUGGGCGCUGUCAUGGUCAAGGUUCAAAGUUGAUGUUACUUCAAGAAAAAGCUGGCGUCUGCAUCCAUGUUUUUGUGGACAAUCACACUGUUAGAAUCUUCUGCGAUAGAAGCAAAGAACAUUGUCCUAUUGGGUUAGGAAGAGACGCCUAUGCAACCUUUCACCGAGUACUUGUACUUAGUGAGCUGGACAAGUAUAUGAUGACAGCUGUAUCUUUCAUCACAGUCGACCAUGCAAGCUUGAUGAGGGAGCACCAUGGUCAUGAUCUCAGUAAUGCAUCCAGAACUGUAGGCUCACAUAUUGGUGCAUCUCAUGAUACUGUUUCUAUAGCACUGAUAUCUGAUGCACUGCAAUUAUCAGAGCUUAGGCCAAUGCAAUUUCGUUGCAAGGUUGUUGCUUUGUAUAUUCUUGUGCUAGAAAAGGCUGGAAGUACUGCGAUUUUUCAGUCACGUGUUCAGUCCAUACACUCUAUUUUUCGGAUUCCAUUUGCUGGUUUUAUCAUAGAUGACGGUUCAUCCUCCUGUUGUUGUUGGGCGGACUCUGAGACUGCUGCAACCUUCCUUGGUUUAGAUUCGGAGGAGUAUUCACUAAAAGAUACUUUAACGGGAUAUAAGGCUGGUAAAGGGCAGCUAGUAAUCUCCACUGUUGGCCGCCUAAACCAAGCAUUAGAGCGACAUGGUAGAAUUAUGGUGAAAAAUUGUAGCUCCAUGUUCGAUUCUUCAUGCCAGGAUCUUGAAUUCGCUGUUGACUCAAAGAGAUCACUAAGCAGUUCGGAUGAGGAUAACCUUCGAAGCUUAGUUACCAAAGCUAUUCUCACCGCAUCUUGGAGAGUCGAUGGCAGCCUCAUGGAUCCGGAAAAAGCAUCCUGGUUGGAGGAGCGUCUAUCAGAGCUGGAUGUCGCUGUUCCUCCAUUGCUAAAUAUAUGGGCAACGCGUGUUUGUCGAACAGACACGCUUGCAGAAGCUAGGAGCAUCGUUCAAGAACUCGUAUAGUUGCAUUCAAUAUCUCAUCUUUGUUCUACAUUCAUGAGUUUGCCAAAGGUUUCAGAAUGCCUUAGUAGUGUAUGUAUAUAGUUACAUACUUAUUCAUGACCAUUCAUGUUGGUUGGUUUCUGCCACAAAGUGUAUAGUCGCACAGUAUUUAUACUCACAAAAUUUAUUUGAUGGGAAUUUCUUCAUAAUUAAAUAAAGGAUUAAAUAGAUUCA